AUGAACAUCGAGUCAUCCAACCUGAUGAUUGCAGUAGACUACACGACGGCAAACCUGACUUGCGAUGGCAAGAACCUGCACUCUUUAGACCCCAGUGGGGAGAGCGUGAACCCGUUUCAGGAUGCGUUAACUCGACUUGGUCGUGUGUUGGUGGAGUUCGACGAUGAUCGCAGUAUUCAGGUCUGGGGCUUUGGUGAUGCGAAAACACCAGAUAACACAGUCUUCAGCUUCACACCUGAUAAGCCAAUGGACGGAUGCAAGUGUUUCAACGAAAUUUGGCAACGCUAUCAUGAGUUGACGCCAACGAUAACGCUAGGGGAGGAGCCUGCGACCCUCGGACCAGUGAUUCGUCACGCGUCUGCUGUUGCACGCAAAGUUACUGGUUUUCACAUGCUGAUCGUUCUUGUAAGCAGCCACUUGGCGGGCGAACACUUGGCUGAUACUGCUCAGGCAAUCGUAGACGCAUCGACGUUACCACUGGUGAUUAUUGUGAUCGAAAUGGGUGAUGGUCCCUGGGACAACAUGAAGGUGCUAGACGAUCAGCUUCCUCAACGACAGUUUGACAACUAUCACUUCGUAAGCUUCCAGAAAGUGCAGCACGCGGCCACAAAAGAGAGGAAAGCGUUCGUGCACCGUAUCCAGGAUGGCAAUGCAGAGCGAACGGCAGCGCCUUGCGAGCUCGACCCACUGGAUCUCCUAUUCACAUUACAGAUCUUGAUGGAUGUACCGGUGCAGUACGAGUACAUGUGUAAGUUAAAUCUUCUCUAG